AUGACAUCAAUAGCCAAUCUUCAUGCAGACUCUACUACAAUUGUACUUGGUAGUCUAUUAUUUUAUCAACGUGAUGCUGAUUCUCCAGUUCGUAUUAUUGGUCUAAUCGAUGGCCUUCAGAGAAAUACUGUUCAUGGCUUUCAUGUACAUAGAGAUUCAUUAAUGAAUGGUGAACUUAAUUGUACAGCUGCUGGUCCUCAUUUUAAUCCUUACAACACAUUACAUGGUCCACCCGAAGCUGAUUUAACACACCGACAUGUAGGUGAUCUUGGUAAUUUAACAGCAAAUGAUGUUGGUGUAAUUGUUGUUGAAUUGAGUGAUGGAAUUAUCGACUUAUACAAUGCUACACGAUCAAUUGCUAAUCGAACUGUUGUUUUACAUGCCAUGAGAGAUGAUGGCGGCAAAGGUGGUUUUCCAGAUAGUAAUACAACUGGAAAUGCUGGUGCCCGUUUAGCUUGUGGCGUUAUCGGUUUACCAAUGCAAGACUUAGAUAAGAAACCACAUUCGUUAAAAGGUUCUGCAUCGGUCACCAAUUUGUUUCGAAAAUUAUUUACUUAA